AUGGCCAGAAUGUUGGCAUUUAACAAAAAACUGCCUGAACUAAACAAAUUACGCCAAGAAAAAAAAAAAUUAGAAAAAGAAAAUCCUACCAAAGAGGAAAAAGAAGAAUUAGAAAAAAAACAAAAGAAAUAUAAGGAGGAAUUAGAAAAAGCCAAGGAGGAAACCAUUAAAAAUAUUCAAACUCAAUUAAAAAAAAAUGAAUUAAAUAUCACUGAAUUAGAUGAUAAUAAGGAUUGGAAACAGCAAAUAUUACAUGACCCCUUGAAAUUUUUUAUCGUUUCUCCACUUAACAAAACUAGUAAAUUAUUAGGAUUGCAGGAGGCAAAUUAUCUUUGGGAAGCAUCUUUAGAGAUAAUUCUUAAAUUAUUAAUUAUUGAGAUAAUUCUAGUUUUAAUUUACUAUUCAGAAACGAUAGUAAUUUUUGAGUUCUUGCACCAUGGUCGCUUACUAACUAUCCGGGAGUUAAAAGCUUGCGUGGCAAAAGUUUGGGUUGUUAGUCUCUUGGUUACUUUAUUUUCAAUGUUUUUUAUGAGAAUAGCUGGCAUGAGUAGCGUUGGUAAUCAUUUAGUCUUUCUUCUUGCAGGGUUUGUUAGGUUUGCAAUCAAUACUUUUCGGGUUAAAGUUUUUGGUCAUCGAGAACAUUUUCCACAAAGAGGCAAUCCAACUCACUCUCUAAGAAAACCUUAA